UUCUACUUAUAUGUUCUAUAGUUCUACUUCACCAAAUAAAAAAUGUUGACGCAUUUGGGAGUUGCUACUCAAUAUUCGAGUGUCCUGCUAACGCCUACUGUGAUGCAGGCUUCUCGUUACCUCCAUGGGAAUGUGAGUGUUUUGGCGGAUAUGUGUAUCAGCAGAAUUCGUAUAGCUGUCUAGAUCCAUGUGACAUCAUAAUGUGUCACAUGACACAAUAUUGUGAAGAUGGCGUUUGUUAUUGUAACCAAGGAUACCAACAGUCUCAACAGGGCCCCUGUACACUAAUCCCAACUACAACGAAAACCCGAACUACUUCUACAACAGCUCGAUCUACAACAGCCGAGCCGACAACUACUUCUGACAUCACUCAAACUACAACGGCCGAGGCCACAACUACUUCUGACAUCACUCAAACUACAACGACCGAGGCCACAACUACUUCUGACAUCACUCAAACUACAACGGCCGAGGGGACAACUACUUCUGAUAUCACACAAACUACAACGGCCGAGGCCACAACUACUUCUGACAUCACUCAAACUACAACGGCCGAGGGGACAACUACUUCUGAUAUCACACAAACUACAACGGCCGAGUUGACAACUACUUCUGACAUCACUCAAACUACAACGGCCGAGUUGACAACUACUUCUGAUAUCACACAAACUACAACGGCCGAGUUGACAACUACUUCUGAUAUCACACAAACUACAACGGCCGAGUUGACAACUACUUCUGAUAUCACACAAACUACAACGGCCGAGUCGUCAACUACUUCUGACAUCACACAAACUACAACACCGCAGGCGACUACUACUUCUGAUAUCACUCACAUUACCACCUCCGAUGCAACUACAUCUAACAUUACUCAGAUGACAACAACAACAACAACAACAACAACAACAGAAGAUUCAUCUACAACUGACAAUUCCGAAACAACAUCCAUUGCCGUUACUCCGAAUUCUGCUAAUCCAGUGUGUAGUUGUUUGUGCAGUGUAGAUAAUACAACACGAACACUGACUCUAUUUAUGCAGGAAGUUGUUGCAGAGCUGAAGUUGAAUUUUACGACAUUGUCCUCAUUUCGCCGUAAACUGACCUGUGCCUCGGACAAUAGGAUAUCAGCUCAGACAGUUGGGUCAUUAGGAGCUUUCCUGCUAGCCUUACCAUUUACAUGCAUGUUGAUAUUAGACAUUCAAUCGUCGCUUCGGUUUUUCUAUGAAAGACAUACCAGAAAUAGAACCGUGAAAGUUAUUUCAUGAAAUAUGCUGUCAAUCAAAUAUAAAAUACAGAUUUCUCAUUGGUAGUAUUAUUUUGGCUUCCAUCAUCUGUCUUUAACAACCAAUUAAUUAUAAACGACAUUAAUGUAAGAAAAUAUAGUGUUUUUAAAAUUAAUUAAUUUAUUCAUUUAUUUAACAAAUCAAUUUUAUCAACCAUGGUCAUGUUCCUAUCAGCUUUUUUAACGUCUCACUUGAAAGAUUGAAGUCGGACUUGAAGAUUUGUUUUCAGAACUAGGUUUCUUACUGCUCACGGAUUAAUAUCCGGGGCAGCACUCUUAAUAUUAUGAAUCAAGUUCAGACGAGUUGUAAAGAUGUGUAGUGAACUGUGAGGUUGGUUGAGGACUCGCUGAUUUACAUUGCGGAUAUUAUAGUUAGGCAAUGAACAAUAAACACCUUUCCUGUUCUGAAUCUUUCUGUAUUCUUUCAAUAAUAAUCUUUUCUUUCAUGAGAUU